AUGUGGCCUGAAGAUGCUGAGGUAUGGUUUUACCAUGACAUAAAACAACAACGUCAGCGAUUUAUUCGAUCAAUACCAUUUCAUUCACAUGAUUCCGCAAAGCAUAAACAAAUGAUAACAGCUGGUAGUGAACAACACGAAAUAACACAAUUAACAAUAAAUAAUCAUAACCAUCAGGAAAAUCAACGCGAAGUGGAACACAAAUUAUUGAAACCACAAGUACAAAAUCGCAAACAACAACAACGACAUUCAUGGCUUCAAAAACCAACACAAACAGCUAUUGAACAACAGUCAACAAAACAAUCUUCAGUUUUAGGUGGUCGAUUGUUACGGAGACUCAUACUAUCGAUAGCUGGUGAUUCUGAACAUCUUAUUCAAUUAAUUGUGGCAAUUAUUCGUGUGGGAAUUAAGGUUAGACAUGCCAAACAAGAUGGUGGAUUGUUCGGUUACACCAAUAUUGAAGAUACAUCUGGACAUUGGGAUUGGCUAUGGCCGUAUAUGGUGCCAUAA